AUGGCUGAGACUCAAACGAAAUCAAAUCAAAAUGGCCACGUGAGAGUCCCGCCAGCAGAAUCCGGUGUCAAGCGUGCUUCGCCGCGUAAAAAGGGGCCCUCUAUUCAUCAGAUUUAUGCCCUACCGGCUCCUAUUCGGACUUUCCCACUUCCUGCCUUUUAUCCCAACAACCCCUUGUCGUUUUUCACCGUCGCAUAUGCUUGGUUACGGCAGACGGUCUCUCCCCCCCCUUCCGAGCCCUCUCUGAUUCAUCAAGGAACAUGGUCAGAAGGCACAUCUUCGGUUCACGUCACUGACGAGAAAUCCGUGAGAGCGUUGUGGGAACAAGGAUUCUAUGGCAAAGGAAGCCUGAGUCGCAGUGAGCCCAACUGGUUGAAGCGCGAACAAGUCCGCAGGGGACACAUUGAGACACACGUCAGCGAAGUUCUCACUGUGCAACGCCGUGAGGAACGAGCCAAGGCGAAAUGGGAAAGGGCCAGGCUAGAACAAGAAGCGAUUCGGCAGACGCGGCUGAGAGAAGCUCAGGAGGCCGAAAGUACGAAGCAGACUGACCUCGCAACUUGGAUGCCGCCACUCUCUCCCCCCGUCUCGGGCUCUGCUCCUGUCGGCCCCCUAGAACUUCUGUCGCUUCCGAACUCGCAUGCUGACAUGGUGUCAAAAUCUUGCCUCCGAGAUGCAAGGGACUCAGUGGAUGCUGCCCCUCAGGCUGUCUUGCCAUCACUUCCAGUCAACUUGAAAUGGCCAAAUGCAUUGGAACUGACUGCCGAUAAGCCAGCACCGGCUGCCCCAGAAGCAGUGGAAGAAUGUCAGGCUGGUGGAACCACAGCCAACGGCGCAUCACCGCAAUCCUCAGAGACUUCCUCAGCUUGUGACGUGACUGAAGAAGAGUGUCUGAAACGUCGGAAAAGCGUUCGGUUUUCACCCGAGGUUGAAUCAACCACGUUCAGUCUUGGCGAUCCGCCCAAUUCGAAUCACUCUGCGAAUGGAAAGAACAAGCCACCAUUUUCACAUGCAGUCGUUACUCGCUCUGCCGCAGCAGAUGUUGCCGAGUCCUCGUUGGCCGGCCACGAGGCAGAUGCACGCACUAGAGAGAUUGUAAACAAGGAGCAUCUCCAGCUCACACCUGAAGAAGCGCUCUUCCUGACUUUCGGCUUCGGGGCCUUGAUGGUCAACGACCCCAAGACGGGCAAGCCUUUCACGACUCGAGAACUUCUGACCAUGUUCCGGCAGCAUUCUUUUUUCCCUCCCAGAACCGGGCCAGACGACCCGGACCUGGAGCCGGACGACAACUUCCUCGUUCACUACGCCGUGUACCACCACUUCCGUUCACUCGGCUGGGUGCCACGAGCAGGCAUCAAGUUUGGGGUGGAUUGGCUUCUGUACACCAGAGGCCCGGUGUUUGACCACGCCGAGUUUGGUCUUAUUGUUCUUCCCUCGUACUCCGACUCGUGGUGGAAGGCCUCGGGCAAGCGUGCGCCGGACAGGACGUGGCACUGGCUUCAUGGUGUUGUACGAGUUCUGUCGCACGCCAUCAAGAGCCUGGUACUUGUGUAUGUGGAGAUCCCGCCGCCGCCUAAAUAUGACGCGGCGCUGGAGACGGGAUUUGCAGAGGCGUUGCAACUUUACAAGAUUAGAGAGGUGACGGUUAAGCGAUGGUCGAGCAACCGCAACAGAUGA